UCAUCGCGUGUAGAACACCCCCACCGCCCUCUUUUAGCGUCCCACAACCAGGAUAAAGUAUCCAUUAAAACCCAAUAACUACCCCAUCCAAAGCAAAGCAACGGACCAAAAAGUGUUCCCUACGAAAAGCUUGGAAUUUAAAAGGCACCGCCCAGAACCUUAACCCUAAUUCCUAAUUUUUUUCAUCUGAUUCAGUUCAGUUUCUGAAUUCAAGAAAAGAAAGAAAAGAAGAGAAUUGGAAAGGGGGAUUCGAUAAUUAAUUGAUUUGUAUCAGAUUUAAAUAAUUUUAAUGAUGUCUGCGAUAGUGUGUGGGAAGAGAUCUUUCUUCGAAGAGAUACAAACAACGUCAUCGCCAGUGUCGGGGUCCCCGCCGGUUUCCAAGAAACUUCGCUGCUCUUCUGCCACCUCCCCAGUUCGGUUCUCCUACUCGCCGCCGAGGAGUCUCAUCAAUCAGCUCAAGGUUUUGUUUCCUGAUAUGGAUAGUCAGCUUCUUGAGAAAGUUUUGGAAGAAUCUGGCAAUAAUUUAGACGCUGCUAUCAAGAGCCUACAGGGACUUCGUCUUGGAUAUGCAGAAAGCAUGGUUAGCAACACGAGUUUUUCUGCUGAAGUAAAUGCAGGUAUGGAGGAAGGUGCGACACCAACUCUGGGUGAUGCAGUUCUUUUGGAGGACUCUCAAGUCCAGAACAACCUGCCGGUGGAUGGUGCAGAAUGGGUUGAGUUGGUUGUGAAAGAGAUGAUGAGUGCAACUAGCUUAGAUGAUGCUAGAUUCCGUGCAACAAGAGUGUUGGAAAGUUUGGAAAAAUCCAUCAGUGCUAGAGCUGGUGCUGAAGCAUCUCAAAAUUUUCAAAAGGAAAACAUGAUGCUGAAGGAACAAAUUGAGGCACUUCUUCGGGACAAUGUCAUUCUCAAACGCGCUGUUUCCAUUCAGCGUGAACGUCAGAAGGAGUAUGAUGAGAGUAACCAAGAGGUGCAGCAAUUGAAGCGUUUGGUGGCUCAAUAUCAGGAGCAGUUGAGAACUCUUGAGGUGAACAACUAUGCAUUGACGAUGCAUUUGCGCCUGGCCCAGCAGAGCAACUCCAUACCUGGACAUUUUCAUCCAGAUAUAUUUUAAUAAAGGAAGGAAAUACAUAGCUCGAAGCGACAUAUCUUUUUAUGGCAUAAAAGUUGUUUCUUUAGGUGUUGAAUAUUAUGCAUGUUUUAAAACUAGAUGUGCAACACAAAACAGUGGAAAGCUAAGGCUCUUAUUCAUGGCAUAAGUACAAAAUUUCUUCUCUCCAAUUUCAUCAAAAAGUCAAAUUCUCUGUUGUUUUGCUUUCGAGAGAUUAUUUUGCCUUGGGAGUUUUUGGCUUCUUGUUUUCUGUAUUUUACGGUUGCUAUAUAAAUUCAUGGUCUGUAGUAUCAGUUCAAAUUUGAUUGGAGAA